AUGGAGACCCUCAACGUGUCGGUCCCCCUCAACUUCUCCCUGCCGCCCAACUUCGGCAAGCGCCCCACCGACCUGGCGCUGAGCAUCAUCCUGGUGUUCAUGCUGCUCAUCAUGAUGCUGUCGCUGGGCUGCACCAUGGAGUUCAGCAAGAUCAAGGCUCACUUCUGGAAGCCCAAGGGGCUGGCCAUCGCCCUGGUGGCACAGUAUGGCAUCAUGCCCCUCACCGCCUUUGCCCUGGGCAAGCUGUUCCGGUUGAACAAUAUUGAGGCGAUAGCCAUCCUGAUCUGCGGCUGUUCCCCAGGGGGAAACCUGUCCAACAUCUUCAGUCUGGCCAUGAAAGGGGACAUGAACCUCAGCAUCGUGAUGACCACCUGCUCCACCUUCAUUGCCCUGGGCAUGAUGCCCCUCCUUCUGUACGUGUACUCCAGGGGGAUCUACGACGGAGACCUGAAGGACAAGGUGCCCUAUGGAGGCAUUGUGCUGUCGCUGAUCAUGAUUCUCAUUCCUUGCACCAUAGGGAUCUUCAUCAACGCCAAAAGGCCACAAUACGUACGCUAUGUCACCAAGGGAGGAAUGAUCAUCAUGCUUUUGCUCAGUGUGGCCAUCACAGUGCUCUCUGUCAUCAACGUGGGCAAGAGCAUCAUGUUUGUCAUGACACCCCACCUGUGGGCCACCUCCUCGCUGAUGCCCUUCAUCGGCUUCCUGCUGGGCUACAUUCUCUCUGCUAUCUUCCGCCUCAAUGGACAAUGCAGGCGCACUGUCAGCAUGGAGACUGGAUGCCAAAAUGUUCAACUCUGCUCCACCAUCCUCAAUGUGACCUUCGCCCCGGAAGUCAUCGGACCACUUUUCUUCUUUCCUCUCCUCUACAUGAUUUGCCAGCUUGGAGAAGGGCUUCUCCUCAUUGCCAUCUUUCGGUGCUAUGAGAAAAUCAAGCCUUCCAGCAAUAAGAUAAAAAUAACCUACACAGCUGCCCCAACUGAAGAAACCUUUCCUGCGGCUCUGGGAAAUGGCACCCAUAAAGAGGAGCUCCCCCAGUGA